AUGUCUUAACUGAAAAAUCAAAAGAACUCUCCAGGAUAUCAGAAUAACCAUCUUUAAUAGGGACCUAACUAACCACAAAUAAUUAGUCAACAAUCUAAAGUUCUCUCUGAUGAAUCACCUUUUAAUGUAUCAAAAAUAUUAAAAGCAAAAUAAUAACAAAGCAACAUUUUUAAUCUCCCUUAAAAAGAUUAAAUUGAUAUUUAGGCUCUAGCAAAUUAAAAUGCUGAAAGUAGUAAUUCAAUUUAAUUUAGAACUACUUCCCUAUGACAUUUUUUGGUGGAAUAGUUAAAAUGUAAAAGCUAAUCAGAAAUAGGAUUAACUUUCCUAUUAAAUCCCUAAUUCCCAAAUCAUUCAAAGUAGACCUCAAACAAGCCCUUAAUAAAGAUUUGAAUUAGAGUAAGUUCCUAACUAUUCUGAACUAACAGAAGAAUAAUUUUUAUAAAUGUAACAGCAAUAAUACUAAUUAUUUUUAUAAUAACACUAAUAGUAAUAAAAGCAUUAAUCUAAAUCAUAAGAAUAACAUAAUGAUAAAUAAAAACAUUAAAAUCUCAAUUAAGAUUCAAAACCAAAUGCUUAUAACUUAAUGAAUGAAAAUAAUUAGAUGAUAUAAACAGCAUCGUUUAAUGAAAAACAAAGAUAAAUAGAACCAAAAUUUUAAGAAAAUGAAAUUAAGAAUUAAUAAAAAUAAGAAAAAUAACAAUUUAAAAAGGAACAAAAGAAAUAAAUUUUGAAUUAAUUAUAAAAUCCAGAAAAAUUAUAUAAUAAAAUUAAUAAUCCAAAUAUUGAAUUAAAACAAAGAAACCCAAAUUUUUCUGAUGUAUUAGGUAAUGGAUUAGAAAAAUAUUAUCAAUAAAAACCUUAAUAGACAACUAUAAAAAGAUCUCUUUAAGAUUAAUUAUAAGAAAGUGAAUUAUAUGGAGUUAAUUAUCAUUAGAGAUAAUUAUUGAAAGGAAUGAGUUCAUAAAUGGAUACACAUAAGUAUUAUGAUCAAAUGUUAGAUAAACAAAAUUAAAAUCAAAUUAAAUUAUAGUAACCAAAAAGCACAUCAAAAUCACCUUAGGGAUCUCCUGGAAAAAUACUUGAGAAGGAUGAUACAUUAUUUACCAAAAGUUAUUAUACAGAAUUAACAAUAAGAGGAAUGGGUAAAGAGAUUAAUUGGGAAAAAUUGACAAAUCAACUCAAUAUUCAUUAAAUGAAUAUAGCAGAUAUUGAUGUUGUUAAAAAUAAACAAGGUUAAAUUAAGUAGCAUAAGAUUAUAAUAAAACAUUUAGAUUCAGUAAAUUUAUAAAAUGUAAAAUAAUGGGUAAUUACUCAAGGAGGAAGAAUAGUUGAAGAAAAAUAAAUAAAAUAAGAUGAAUUUUAAAGACUCUAAUAAAUUAAAGAUGGAUCUAAAUAAAGACCUUUAAAGAUUUCAGAAGAAAAGGAAAAAUUGAAAUAAUAAUAAAAGAAAAGACCAGCUAGUGCUAUUCCAAAUCAAAAAUAAAAGAAAUGA